UCUUGUUGUUUCUGACAGUAAAGCCCUAAUUCUCUCCGUCUCUGUCGCAAGUCUCUCGUCUCUUUCGAAAUGGCGAAUUCUCCGAGAAUAAGGGAUUCGAGAUCUCCUUCACCUCGGAAAGAACUGUCUAGGUCUCGGUCCAGAUCAAGAUCAAGAUCCUGGUCCAGACCUAGGUCUAGGUCAAGGUCAAGGUCCGUCCCAAGGCCUAGAUCAAGAUCAAGAAGCCGAGGAAAGUCGAGGUCGAGAAGCCGUGGAAGAGCUGAAACCGAAAACCCUGGAAAUACUCUUUAUGUGACUGGCUUAUCCACAAGGGUUACUGAGAGGGAGCUUGAAACCCAUUUCUCCAAGGAGGGAAAGGUUGCGUCUUGCUUUCUUGUGGUGGAGCCACGCACUCGUGUGUCUCGUGGUUUUGCCUUUGUUACAAUGGAUAGCUAUGAGGAUGCUGACCGUUGUAUUAAGUACCUAAACCAGUCUGUUCUGGAGGGCCGAUACAUAACUGUUGAAAGGUCGCGGAGAAAACGCCCAAGAACUCCUACUCCAGGGCACUAUCUUGGCUUGAAAAGCGACAGGGAUUAUGGUGGUCGUGAUCGUGAUCGUGACCGUGGAAGACACUAUGGGCGUGAUGAUUAUGGACACCGUAGGUCACCAAGACGGUCUCCGUUGAGAGGAAGGCGUGAUUAUUCACCUCCUCCUCGUCGAGAAAGGUCGAGGAGAGAUCGGUCUUACUCUCCUGAAGGAAGUCCAGACAGGAGGAGACACUACCGUGGUUCAAGGUGAGCUAUUUUAUCUGGUCUUGUAAUUGAACAUUGCUAGAAUUAGCAACAACAAAAAAAGGUUCUUGCUCUCUCGGAUGUUUUGUCCUUAUUUCUUUUGUGUUGUGGGUUUGGAUUUGUACGCUUGACAAAAAAAAAAAAGGACUUUAAACAUUAUUUUAUAU